AAAAAAAUUAAAAAGCGACGAAAAUGCAAUUGUGUGCCUCCUCCCUCCUGGUGGUGCAGGGAGAGGGGGGAAGGCAGCAAAUGCUGGGCGCUGCGGCUGCAGAGCUUUCGGUGGCGAAUUCUUUUUUUAAUUUAAAAUGCGAAGGCACCGGAUGGAGCCUGACGCGCAGGCACGCGCACACACACACACACACACAUACACACUCACACUCAGAGGCAGAUUUUUGUGUUGCUGAGUAUUUGGGGGGGGUGCUUGCCCGUGACAGCGGGCUCCAGGGCCCCGAGGGGGUGUGGGGGGCCGCUGGGCGGACAGUGAUAGGAUUAGGGGUCAAACGCCCGAAGUCCUCGCGGGGCCGCGGCUGGGGAGGCAGCAGGGGACGGCGACUUGGCAUUGGGGCUGCUUUGCACGCAGGGUUCCUGGUGAGCAGAGUGGCUUUGGAACAUGUCGCAGUAACAUGCUUAAAAUUCUUGACAACUGCUCAAUAAACGGCUAGUUUCAUUUUCCUCACCCCUCCCCUUCCUGCCCCUGCGUGUUUAUUUUGACUUGGGGGGGGGGAGUAUCAGGGGCCGCGUCAGGCCUGCAGAAAUCCACGCUCCAGCCCACAUCCACAGCGAAGCAGCUUUGGGUGCAUGAAGACAGAGCAGGGCCUGUGUCAUUCCCACCUGGAGGCCGCCGCGCUGGCUCAGUUUUUUUGACGCCAUGUCCCCCCCUUUUCCCUUGGAAGAUAUAACACGUGGGAGCCCGAGGAGAACAUCCUGGACCCCCGGCUGCUGAUUGCCUUCCAGAACAGGGAGCGGCAGGAGCAGCUGAUGGGAUAUCGCAAGAGAGGCCCGAAGCCCAAGCCGCUGGUGGUGCAGGUGCCUACCUUUGCCAGGCGCUCCAAUGUGCUGAGCGGACUCCAGGACUCCUCCACGGACAACCGCAGUGCCAAGCUGGACCUGGGCGCCCAGGGCAAGGGCCAGGGGCACCAGUACGAGCUCAACAGCAAGAAGCAUCACCAGUACCAGCCGCACAGCAAGGAGCGGGCGGGCAAGCCCCCGCCACCCAGCAAGAGCAGCAAGUACUACUACCAGCUCAACAGCAAGAAGCACCACCCCUACCAGCCGGACCCCAAGAUGUACGACCUGCAGUACCAGGGCGGCCACAAGGAGGCGCCCAGCCCCACCUGCCCGGACCUGGGUGCCAAGAGCCACGCGCCAGAUAAGUGGGCCCACGGGGCGGGGGCCAAGGGCUGCCUGGGAGCACCCCCUGCCGAGGCCCAGGACGAGCCCGAGGAGCCGCUGAGCGAGUUCAAGCCCUUCUUCGGGAAUAUAAUUAUCACCGACGUCACCGCGAACUGCCUCACCGUCACUUUCAAGGAGUAUGUGACGGUGUAG